UCCUUUAUUACGGUCGACAUGGAUGUAUGCGUACAUGCGUUUUCUGAAACGGUAUAGGGACGCGGUCGAUCGAUACGAACGCGAAAGGACGAUGCCCGAUUUCGAUUUCCCUCCGAGAAGCGACUGCGGGGUCGCCCUAAGGGUGCAACACGUGCAAUUAUACAGGGCUGCAGAUUUUCAGAAGCGAAACGCGGGGGUGCAAAACGCACGCACGCAGUCAGGUAUCACGAGAUCGAUAGUAGACGCGAGGGAGCCGAUUUUGUUAAAAGUUGUCGCUCCUCCGUCCCAUAUAGCCUUGUCCGGCGAUGUGACAGUUUUGAUCCUAGAUUCGGCGGAAACAGAAUCUUCCAUGAUAUUCACCAAUACCGUGGUCACCAACGACACAAAUGGCACGAAGAAAGAUGAGAAAGAUAAAAUCGAUCCGGAGAAAAAUGAAAUUAAUGGGAGUCACGAACCGCUCGUGCUUAGAGUACUAUAUGUCGAUGGCCUCACGUCAGAAUUGAUUGGUGAUUUUCCUCUCGAUACCUUACCGCAUAAGGGUGAGAAUAUUUCUGUGAUAAUACCUUGUGGUGUCUUCUCGCGUGGCGGAAUUUAUACACUACGACUUCAGUACAAGUUCUCAACCGUGGCUGCCAGACACAACACUGCCAUUGCUGGGCUGCCUGAAAUUGAGAUGAGCAGUGCCUUAGAUGUAAAGUGGCCAAUCCCUUCUCUGCUCCUGGAAUCCCAACACUUCGGUACAUAUCCUAGUCAACCGGUAAUAGCGACUAUAAAGUACAAUGGAAUCUCAUGUGUGCCUGCCAACGGCGUCCCCGUAGCGGCUUAUACUUUGCAGCUCAUAUAUUGUGGUACCACUCCCGCCGCCUGCGAUCCACAGAAUAACAGCCGCACGCAAGUGCUCUAUUACGAAGAAAUAAACGGCUUCACCUCGCCAAAGGUCAUCGAACUAAAGUGCGAUUUUUUCGGAUUAGCCGGAAAUUACGCACUUAGAUUAAAGGCCUCGGACAUUAACCCUUCCGCGCCGACGACAAGCGCGUACAUAAAGGUGGAAUGGUCCGACGAGUUCAACUUCAACGUUCAUGCAAGAUCGAUCUAUCCUUGCGAGGGAUCGGCGGGCAUAUCAGUCCUCUUCCAGUAUCCAGCGUGUCGUCUUCAGGGCGAUCGCGUGCGUGUUUAUGGCCGCCUCCGGGCAGACGUGAGUUCCCUGGCGCCGCCGUCCGCGUUGCAUUAUAUCGCGGAAUUGAAGGCGGCGCCGGGCAAGCAUUCAUUGAACUUCGAUUGCGAUAUCUUCACCGAGAAGUUCAUCGAGUACUGCUUCGUUUAUGUGAGCCAAGCGAUCACCGGCGCGAUGGCGGAAGUAAAGCUCGCGUGCAUACCCACUUACCCGCUUCUAGAAAACGAUGCGGCCGGUUGGGGUCCUUGGAGCGCGUGGAGUCCUUGCAGCAGCUCCUGUGUGGGUGGAACGCGUAAUCGAUAUCGAUUCUGCGAUACACCACCCCCGAAAUAUGGGGCGAAAUUUUGUCAGGGAAAAGCGGUCGAGACGGAAUCGUGCGGCGGCACCGGCAGAAUCGAUUUUCAGGAAGCGUGGAACACUGAGGGAUGGGAGUGUCGACACGGAACGACAUUAGCGGCCACAAGACCGGAAGUUACAGCUCAGGUCGGCCUUCAGUGUCGAUGCGGUUGUAUUAUAAAUUUCCAUGAUCAAAUCUUAAAUAAGAUCCUAGCGGCGAAUACACAAGCCUGUCCCGGUCGAUCCUUCUGGCUGCUGCAGGCAAAAUCGGAUUACGUGAUCCGACUGCACUUGGACCAAACGCAAUUUCCCUGUCCAGGACAAUACUUUCGCGCCCGCGACGGUGAUUCGCGAAGCGCGGAACUGUUGACGGAUAUUGCGUUUGACAAGAGCGGGCCCACAGGAACGAUAUUCUCCUCGGGUCAAAAUUUGCUGUUGGAGUUCUUUAGCGACGAGUCGACUGCUUCGGGGGAUUCCUGCGUGGGUGGUUUUCUGGGACACGCGAGCAUGUUUCAGAAACUAUACGAAAAGAAUAAGACGUUGCUUUCCUCGGAAACGAGUUCCACCCCUACUGUCGAGCGAUGGAUCUUCUGGGGACCUGCGCAUUUGGCGACAGCAUCUAUUUUGAUACUCAUAUUCUUUAUAUCUAUUUUUCUAGCAUUGCAAUUUGCACUGAAAUAUAGAAAGUAUCAUAUCGCAGAAGAUUUGGAUACUCUGAGCGAACAGUCCGAAUAUAUCGAUACGAUGGAACGAGUAAAAUCGAUGUCUUCUACGACAUUAAUCUCGGAAGUCGCGUCUUUAGUGGGAUUGCCAAGGAAAUGUACACCAAGACUUUCGAAACGUAAACUGGCUCCUUGUGCGGUAGAGGAUGGCUAUGAUAGUUCAGAAACAUUGGCAGAAUAUGAGGAUGAAACCAGCUUGAGCUCUACUACUUUGAAAAUGAAAGAUAACGAAGAAAGCUCUAUGGAGACAAGUAUAAUACCAAACAAACUGCAUAUUAAUGAUGAAACACCAUCGAUAAUAUCGGCCAUUAUGGCAGUUGGCCAGCCAGAAGUAAAAUAUGCCCAACCAGUCAAAUUACGCACUUUGGGAUCUAACAGCCUGACAGCGGACAAGCCGAUGUUGGACGAUACGAGAUGUGAAAACACAGCGAGCAUCACCGACAGCCCUCAUAUUGCAAGACUUCAUCGCUCGUUCAAUCCUUUGCAAUCCAAGGAUUCGUCGACGAGCAGUCCACUGUCAGGCGUUUCUACGUUACGCAGCGGUAAAGAGACGAAGGAUCGUCGAAAUCGCGAGCGGCUGCUUCAAGGACCGGGCUCGGAGUUCAGCCUGACUAAUCCGGAGACGGAUAUGGAACUGGACUAUUACGAUUACAACGUAGCCAACGCCGGCGCCGCGCCGGGCUCGUACUUAGGUAUGGAUCCAGCUUUUCUCCUAUGGAUUCCCCCGUUGUCGAUGUCUGAGGAUUCUGAAGAUCCAUCUGCGGAUCAACCGGAUUGUUUUCAAGGCACGACGGCGAGCCCGGCAUUGUUCCGACUGCCGGAGGAGAUCACCGAGGGCGCGACCCUGACUCCGGCCGAGUAUCGGCGAAUGCGACAAAAGCUCGCCUCUAGUGUCGAGGAGACCAGACUGAGCAGUUUCGAGCAGAAGCGCCAAGACUCGACGUCUUCGUCCUCGUCAUCGAAGAACGACUCGUCGUCGGGCGGUAGUGCCUUGUCCGAGGAUAGCAUCAGCAGCGAAAGCAGAGCCGUCAGGCUGAACGAACGCCUGCUGCCGAUUCACCGGAUCCUGGAAGACUCCAGGACCCGGGUGAGUGAAGAAUCCUUGUGCAGUCAGCUUGCAACCGACAGGACGCAAUGCAUCAUUCCUAAUCGCCUUCAAGUCACUAAAUUCGAUCUCUCCCAGGAGCAAGAUGCUUCAUCGAAAGGUAGUCGGCAAGGUAGUUAUGUAAAUAUCACCGAUAACGUAGCGAAAUCGGAAGAUAAAACGGAGAAAUCAAAGCAGACUUCGAAGAGGCAUGCCGAAGACGCAAUACUUCAUCACGCUACUUCGAGGUCGUAUGUAAAUCAAAAGACGAAGGAUGUUUCCCAAGAGGAUAAGAGGAAUCGUUAUUUCAAGAACGAGAACACGUCCAGUAAAUUGUCCGGUAAAUCGAGUUCGAAGACACAAGGAUGCGUGGAUGGCAGAGAGAAGGAUCUUCAGGAUGCCAAAGACGGUUCCAGGUCGGAUAUCCUUCUGACGAAUCUGAACGUAACGGGUGGCCAGUGCAAAUACCGAGAUUUCAUGCAGUUCACGCAACCUCAAGAGACUAAUAAAUUGUCGGAUUGUACUAAUAUUCCAAUGAUUGAAUUCUCGGGGCCGCGAUUAAACUCGCCAGCGACAGCUCGAAGACUGACGACGGACAAUCUCAACAUCAGUUUGUCCAAGAAGGAGAUUCAGAGUCCGGAUUACGGGGUCGAAAGCGAUAUAAAGGUGGAAUCGCGCGACUUCUACGAUCUGAUCCGAGAAAACGAGGACGGCAUCAAAUUCGCGGAUGACGAUGACGAGUAUAUCGAUAACAGAGCGAAUCUUGUGGCACAAAAAUGCAAAAAUUUGGAUGAUAUAACACUACCGCAAUUGCGUCUUAAGAGACAGCUCCUUUGCAAUUAUGAUACUUCGGUCCAUCCGAAUCAUUUCAAGACCAAUGCCACCCUCGUCUCUUUAUGGCUGAUGCCAAAGUUAAUAGAAUUAGAAGACAACUAUGCUAUAUUAUCACUGCAUAGUUGGGUAUCACUUACUUGGUCUGACCCUCAUCUUACUUGGACACCGAGCGAUUAUGACGGGAUCAAUUUUAUUCGUGUAAAGAGUUGGGAGAUCUGGACACCUGAUUUGAGUGUCUUCAACUCUGGCGAUGUUUUGGACGAUCAACUUCAAUUACCUACGACGGAAUGUUUACUCUAUAGCGAGGGCUCCAUUACUUGCGUGCCGGCUAUGAAAUUCGUUGCCAAAUGUGAUCCCGAUUACACCUAUUUUCCUUACGACAAAUAUCAAUGUCGUAUCACGUUUGGUUCGUGGAGGCAUACAGGAUUGGAAGUUGAUUAUCAGCUAAAUAGAGAAGGCAUUAGUAUGAACGGUUACGAUAAUGACACGAGAUGGGAUUUCAAAUUUAUAAACGCGGUGAAAGAGAUAAAAACGCAUAAAUGUUGUCCGAAUGACACUUUUCCAACAAUUGAUUACAAUUUUUUAUUGACACGGUAUCAUGGCAUAAAACACAUAACUAACGUUAUACCUGCCAUCGCUUUGAUAUUUUUUACUGUAACGGUGCUUUGCCUGGAUCUAAAAUCGGUGGAACGAGUUGUAUUGGCAAACGUCAAUUUUAUUUGUCACCUGCUCUGCUUAUACAAUGUGUAUUGGCAAUUACCUUACAACAGCAUUAAUAUACCUAAGAUAGUUAUCUUUUAUUGUGAGUCCGUUGUUUUGGCUGCUUUUGUCAUUAUCUUAACGGUCUUGUUACGCAAAUUGGAAGUCAUGAACAUGGAGAUGCCAAAUUGGAUCUCAUCCACGACAAUGUUUGUUUUGAGCAACAGGACUAGUCGUUUUUUGAUCUUGAAGGAUGAUGAAACCAAGAUGGUAGAUAAAGAUACAAUAACUGAAGGGAACUCAAAUGUUCCAAAAUCUGAAGUGGAGAUAAAGGAACCAUCUUGGAGAUAUUUUACCACUAUUAUCGAUUGGUUGUCUUUUAUCUGUGUGAUCCUUACUUAUAUCAUCACGUUGAUCAUUUUUAUCACUCUCCUAAACAUGGAAGAGGAUAUUGUGACACGAGGAUGUAAGAAUCUAGAAAACACAACGCCAUUACUGCGACUUAAGAAAUAUCUUUUCUGCAAUUAUGAUAGCACCGUCCGUCCAAAUCAUCCCAAAACGGUUACCAACGUCACUCUGAGGUUGAUACCGAAGAUGAUGGAAUUCCUCGAGGACAAAGGUGUAUUAACACUCCACAGCUGGAUGUCAUUUUCCUGGACGGACACGCAUCUUACUUGGACACCAAACAAUUAUGACGGCGUUAAUUAUAUUCACGUAAAGUCCUAUGAACUCUGGGUGCCCGAUCUAAGCGUAUACAACUCUGGUGAUAUGUCAAACGAUCUAUUUGGGCUGGAUCUAACGGAUUGUCUAGUAUUCAACACGGGUUCCGUCGUUUGCGUGCCGGCUGUGAAAUUCAUAUCCAAAUGCGAUGGCGAUUACACUUAUUGGCCUUACGAUCAACAAACGUGUCCUAUUGUACUUGGCUCAUGGUCGUAUGCCGGGGAAGAAAUAGAUUUCCAUCUGGACGAAAAUGGAAUUUCUAUGGACAGUUAUGAAAAUAAUACAUUAUACGACUUGAAAUUUGUAGACGCAGUGAAACAUGUUAAAAAAUACAAAUGUUGUCCGAACGACACUUUCCCAAAGAUCGAUUAUACAUUUAUGUUAACUCAGCAUCACGCUAUAAAUCACAAAACUGUUAUCACACCGGCAAUUGCUUUGAUACUGCUCACUUUGACAGUGCUUUGGUUAGACUCGAGAUCGGUUGAACGAACGGCAGUUGCAAGCGUAAAUUUCAUUUGCCAUUUGCUUUGCAUAUACGACUUGCACUGGCAAUUGCCAUAUAAUGGUAUAAAUCCCCCUAACAUAAUGCUAUUCUAUCGCGACUCCUUGGCAUUGGCUACUUUCGCAUUAAUCUUGACGAUCUUGUUGCGCAAACUGGAAGAUAUGAGUACAGAUAUGCCACAUUGGAUCUCAUCCACGACAAUGUUUAUCUUGAGCAACAAGGCUGGUCGUUUCCUAAUCCUAAAUGAUAAAGAGUCUAAAAUAGCAGCAAGUAGCAGUUGCAACAAUGUCGAAAGCAAAUCGACUAUGUUGCAACUGAAGAGGCAUCUCCUCUGCGAGUAUGACUCUGAAGUAAGACCGGUCCAGAACAACAAUAACAUGACGCGAGUACUGUUCCGAAUGAUACCGCAUUUUCUUCGUUAUAAUAACGAAGAAGAACUCUUCGAGUUACAUGCAUGGAUAGCAAUGAGAUGGCAUGAUUCACAUUUGACAUGGAAUCCUGAACAAUACGAUAAUAUCCAGUCGAUACCUGUAUCAGGCGAUCAAAUUUGGUUUCCGGACAUUUUAAUACAUAACGAACGAAUCGGAGAAAGCUCAUUGGGUUAUAGUCAGGCGAAAUGUUGGGUCAGGAAAGAGGGAACGGUUCAAUCGUUAAUGCCAGCAAAAUAUACUACAUAUUGUUUCGCGGAUAAUACGUGGUGGCCAUACAACACCAUGAACUGCACCAUACAAAUCGGAUCGUGGUCGCAUUCCGGUGAUGAAAUCGAACUUGUUCCUUUACAGAACAUGUCAUUACAAUUAAAUUCCAAAGAUGUUGAGUGGGAUUUAUUGAAAAUGUAUGUAACAAAAUGGGAAAGCAGAUACAAAUACAAUUCGGGUUCCACAUCUAAAAUGCUUUCUUAUCAUUUUAUUCUAAGAAGGCAUUGGGGCAUCAUACGCAUUGCGUAUAUAUCGCCUACUAUAGUGCUAAUGGUGAUAACUCUGACGGCAUUGUGGCUAGAACCGAAAUCUUUCGAGCGGAUGAUGAUUGCUAAUAUCAGUUUCAUUUGUCACUUAUUAUGUUUACAUGACGUACAUUGGGAAGUACCGAAAAGUGGCUCCAACGUUCCUAAACUAAUCAUAUUUUACGAGAGCUCUUUCGCGAUAGCAUCGUUUACUCUCAUCCUGACCAGUAUCCUGCGACACUUGCAAGAAUUGACCACCGAGCCGCCCACAUGGAUCUCAGUCGGCACGACAUCCAUAUUACGCAGUCGAAUUGGACAGAUUCUUUUAGUCAGCAUCCUAGAUCCAGCCGUAACGGCAAAAAUAGAGAUUGACGCAGACGACAAUACCGAUCUUGUACAAUCAAGUAGCAAGAAAUCGCCAUGGAGAUAUGUCAUAGUACUCGUAGGAUGGUUUGCAUUUCUAAGCGUGCUUCUCACUUAUAUCAUAUUGCUAAGCACGUGUUUUCCUACAUAUUAUACUGUAAUACCAUAAGUCCUUAAUGUACAGACUAAUUAUUAUAUAUGUUUGAAUAUUAUAAUUGUUUAUUAAAGAAAUAUUUUUUAAUAUUUUGUUAAAUAGCAUAAUUAUCUCUCAUAUAAUAAAAAAUAUAAAACAAGUAUAUUGGAUGGAUUCAUAGUCAUGGUUUGCAAAAUGCAGAUGAUUUUCUUCUUUUCUUUUUAUAAAUACAUUUAUUUUGUAAAAUCAAGUUUGCUUUGGAUACUUAUGUUAGUAUCAUUCGUUUUCAAUUUUGUUCAACAAUGUGAAAGUUAUGAUUUAACUCCACAUUAUAUAUCUCAUAACAAGCAACAAAAUAAGGAAAGUAAAAGGUAACUGUCCAAAAAAUAUGUUAAGAGUUUUACAUAUAAGUAUAUCAUUAUAUUAUAUUUCAUAAACAUAGUCAUGCCCAAAUGAUACUUACAAUUAAACUUUCAAUGCAAUUUCGCUGAUAUUCUCGAUGCAGCGAUUCAUUUCGUUACAUUAUGUACACACAAUAAUUUAAAUGUCCAUAUUAAAGAAAAAAAAUUUGAAAACUGAGAGCGUAAUUUACAUUAAGACAUAAACAACCGUUUCCAAUGUGAGUAAAACAUAUACAAAUAUUGUCUAAAUAAAUUUAAAAGACUUUGUAUGAAUCGAGAUAAUCUUUCAUUACUUAAGACUUAGAACAUGUGUAUAUACAUGUAUAUAUAUAUAAA